UUUAGCAAGAAUACGAUCGUCUUCUGCUGCAUAAUCCCCCUGUAAUACUUAUAUUUAAAAAGCAGCAGCCCAGGAAGAGAAUUGGCUGGAAGUUAUACAUCGCUCUAUCUGACGGGAAGGCUUGUUGCGCGCUGUUAACUCGGCAUUGUAAAUCCAAGAUAGCGGCAGUGGUGUAGCUCCUUCCCGAGGGCCGUGUGAAAACUCUUCCCAUGCCUCCCCUCAAGCCCGAGUAAAAACUUCUCUCUCUCACUCCGUUAUCCGUUCCUACCGGUGCAUGUGCGGAAUUGGACUGCAUGAGGACCCGUAGUCUAUAGACAAUCAUAUUCUUGCUGGCUAUGCUGUGAAAAGAUUUAUUUUGCAGGGGAUUGCACAUGACAUGCUUAGAUAUCCCCAAUUCUGUGGAUGACCCUAGAAGUGAAUCAUGUGGGUAUACAGAGCCCCCCUAUUUCUCCUGUUUCUGCUUCUGGGUCAGUUAUCACCCCAAUCCCAGGCUCAGUCUGUUCUGACAGAUGAUGAGAUUGAAGAUUUCCUGCAGGGGUUCCUGCGGGAACUUGAUCCUGAGGAAGAAGAGGAUGACAAGGUGGAGCCUGGAGAGACAACUGUGGUGGAGCAGGAAGAAGGGGGUGCACUGAGUAGUAGGACUGGAGGAAAUCAAGAGGAAGAUGAUUCUGUUUCGACGAAAAAAGCCAAAGCACCAAAAACAGCAGGUGUAGACACACAAGACAAAGAAAAGCCAAAAAAAGAGAAACCCAUUAAACCCACCAAGAAACCCAAAGAGAAACCACCGAAAAAGGAGAAGCCACCCAAACCCACCAAGAAGCCAAAAGAGAAGAAGCCAAAACCAACUAAAAAACCCAAAGAGAAGCCAUCAAAACCCACUAAGAAGACCCCUGGUAAAAAGCCAGAGAGACCUCCUGAAAGACAGGAAGAGGAAGAGAGACUUAAGAGGCCUGAAAUAAAAGAGGAAGAGAGGUACAGUGAAUCUGAAAUUGAAGAAGAAGAUAGGUACAGGAGGCCCCAGAUUACAGAGGAAGACGAGAGUUAUAAGAGGCCAAAGAUAACUGAAACUGAAGAGACCUACAAGAUACCACAAGUUACCGAUGAAGAAGAGAGAUAUGGAAAAACCCUAAUUGAGGAAACAGAGGAAGGAUAUGACAGAUCAACAGUAACAGACAGUAGAAGAAUACAUGGUGGAGAAGAAUGGGAGGAAGAAAUUCCUGUAUUACCAAUUCCUGAAACGCCUGAACCAGAUAGAGAGAAGCGACGACCCCAGCCUGAACCAGAAGAACUUCCAACGCCGGACUAUAAUGAACACCUGGAAAAUGAGGACUAUGAUGACUAUGCCUACAUAAGGCGUCAGAAGAAGAAGCCACCAAAAAUCCCUGAACGCAAAAGUCCCGAAAGUCCCUUUGUUGAAGAGAAACCUCCACCUUGGAAACCUGUGGCACCACCCACGCUGCCUCCUGAUUAUCCUGAUUUCAAAUUCAAUUAUGAUGACUAUGAUUAUACCAUACAUUUUAGACCACCGGAACGUAAGAAGGAGGACGAGGAGGGAACAGAUGAAGAGAAAUUUACCUCAAAGAAACCUCAGAAACCAACUAGCAGCAAAGAAGAACAGGAAAGAGAGGAGAAAGAAAAGGAGAAGAAAAAAACUGAUUCCUGGGAUUCUGAAGAGGAAGAGGAGCAGCUUCCAAAAGAGAUGAAAAAGUGCCCACCUAUUGGAUUGGAAUCCCACCGCAUUGAAGAUGAUCAGAUCCUGGCUUCCUCCAUGUUGCGCCAUGGUCUCCAUGCUCAGAGAGGAAGACUGAAUAUGCAGGCAGGAGUUAAUGAGGACGAUUUCUUUGAUGGUGCCUGGUGUGCAGAAGAUGACAAUCAGGUGCAGUGGUUGGAAGUGGACACACGGAGAACCACUUUGUUCACUGGAGUAAUAACACAAGGACGGGAUUCCCUUAUCCAUGAUGAUUUUGUCACGUCAUUCCAUGUGGGGUUUAGCAAUGACAGCCAGAAGUGGUCCUUGUACAGCAAUGGAUAUGAGGAGAUGUUGUUCUUCGGUAAUGUGGAUAAGGACACGCCAGUGCAAACAGAUUUUCCUGAACCCGUGGCGGCGCGAUUCGUCAGAAUAUACCCACUCACUUGGAAUGGCAGUCUGUGUAUGCGUAUGGAAGUACUUGGUUGUCCUCUCUCUAAUGUGGUCCAUUUUUACAGUCAGAAUGAGGUAAUAACCUCGCCAGAUAAUCUGGAUUUCCAACAUCACAAUUAUAAAGACCUGAGACAGGUCAUGAAAGUUGUAAAUGAUGAAUGUCCAACCAUUACUCGGAUAUACAACAUCGGGAAGACACCCAAGGGACUGAAGAUCUAUGCCAUGGAGAUUUCUGACAACCCAGGAGACCAUGAGACAGGAGAGCCGGAGUUCCGCUACACGGCAGGCCUUCACGGCAAUGAGGUUCUAGGCAGAGAGUUGCUGCUUUUCCUCAUGCAGUUCAUAUGCAAAGAAUUUCGAGAUGGGAACCCUCGCAUCACAAGUCUGGUCCGGGAUACUAGAAUACAUCUCGUCCCCUCACUAAAUCCAGAUGGUUAUGAAAUUGCAAGCCAGAUGGGCUCAGAAUUAGGAAACUGGGCAUUGGGUCACUGGACAGAAGAAGGCUAUGAUAUUUUCACCAAUUUCCCAGACCUGAACACAGUGCUUUGGGCAGCAGAAGAAAGGAAGUGGGUCCCACACCGUGUGCCCAACCAUCAUCUACCUAUUCCAGACAGUUUCAUGGCAGAAGAUGCUACGGUUGCUAUGGAGACCAAAUCUAUCAUAGCCUGGAUGGAAAAAAUCCCAUUUGUGCUGGGUGCCAAUUUGCAGGGAGGGGAAAAGCUAAUAUCUUACCCAUAUGACAUGGCGCGACCAGUAAAAGAGGAGGCACCUCCAGAAAGGCCACGUUAUCAACGGUACCUACAGGAGUUGGAGGAGGAAGAAGAAGAAGAGUUUGUGGAGGUUGAAGCUGAGGAUGACGAAGGGGUGUCCCGGACACCUGAUCAUGCAAUCUUCCGAUGGCUUGCCAUUUCUUAUUCUUCCGCCCACCUUACCAUGGGGGAUACAGCUCGAGGAAGCUGCCACGCAGAAGACUACACUAAGGGAAUGGGCAUUAUCAAUGGGGCAAAAUGGAGGCCACAAUCUGGCACUAUGAAUGAUUUCAGUUACCUGCACUCCAACUGCCUGGAAAUGUCUAUAUACCUGGGGUGUGACAAGUACCCACAUGAGACCGAGCUGGCUGAGGAGUGGGAGAACAACAAGGAGUCUCUUCUUUCCUUCAUGGAGCAGGUACACCGUGGUGUUAAAGGGAUUGUGACAGACAGAGAAGGGGAGCCUAUAGCAAAUGCCACCAUCUCCAUAGGAGAGAUCAACCAUGAUAUAAAAACAGCCAGCAACGGUGAUUACUGGCGAAUCCUGAACCCUGGAGAAUACAGAGUCACAGCCCGUGCUGAAGGCUACACCCAGAGCACCAAGACAUGCAGUGUCGGCUAUGAUAUCGGGGCAACCCACUGCAACUUUGUCUUGGCACGUUCCAAUUGGAAGAGAAUCAAAGAGAUCAUUGCAAUGAAAGGAAAUGGACGUUUACAGUUGGCACCACCAGGGGGGCGCCGUCUAUCACCUGCGGCACGUCAGCGGUUGCAACAACGCCGGCGCCUGUGGCAGAACAGACCAAGAAAUCUCACUACUUCUCUGCCUCCUACCACCACCCCUUUUAUCCCUUCAACCACCUUACCUCCCACUGAGACCCCAACCACAAUGCCCCCAACCACAAUGCCCCCAACCACAAUGCCCCCAACCACAAUGCCCCCACGCAGACUGGAGCCCCCAACCCCUACAGAGCCACUUUGGGAUACAGAGACUGAGACUUACACAGAAAUCUUUACAGAGGUGGAGACAGAGAUUUGGGAGGAGGAGGUCAGCACACCUGCAGCCCCAUUUACCACAGCAGAGACUUACACCGUAAACUUUGGGGAAUUCUGAGUGUCCAGACCAACAUGCUUGGGAGAAAUGUAAGGACAAAUACAAAAAUCAUUACCAUAAUGGGGUCCACUUCACACUUAUGCACUGUGCUGUGUAGAGCUAGAUUGCAGAGGCACAUUAAUAACACCCAUGUAAUGCUCUCCAACUGGAGCUACAACAAACAGUUUAAUUUGAAGAAUCAACGCUGAAUUCUAAAUCGCAAAACUCAUUAGAAACUGCCAUCUGGCUGCCAGCAUUAUAGCUACAGUAAAAUCUGAUUCCGAAUGAAGCUGUCAGAUAUAGAACAGGUAAUCUUUAACAGCACACUGUCUAAAAGUCGGAAUAUCCAAAUUCUUGCAUCUAUUUUUAUGGGACGCAGGUAAAUGUAAAACUAUUGUGGAUGGCAAAAGAGGUGUCUAGAACAUAAAGGUAUAUAAGGAAUUCCUGUGAAUUAAAAUAAGGGAUAUUCAUUUUCUUA